UCUCGCGUCGUUUUCGCGUUCUUUUUUCCUUUCCUUUCUUAACUCUCCCACAUACACCUGAAUCCAACCCCAAUAAACUUUUCUUUCCUCCACUCUCCAUUAUGGAGGCUGAUCCUAUGAAUCUAGCAACUCUCAUUGAUGAAUUGAUUCAAGAACAGGACGACAUUACUGCAAUCAAUGAAAUUUUGGUUACUUGUGCUGAAGCGGAUCUCGAUCUAAAGUAUUGUCAAGAGUUGGUCCAGCGGUUACUGGUCUUUGCUACAAAGCUCGAAAAGACCAUCAAACACGCCGACUUUGGCAACACGUUGGAGCAGACGUUUACAAGAAUCGCCACCAAAGCGCCGAAUAGGGGUGUUCAACGGCUUUGUAAAGAACUCAAGAGAAUCCUCAAAGAAUUGUUGCACGUGUACCCGAUCGAGGAUCCUAAUAAAACCUAUCGAAUCACAUCUCUGUCCGACACUGUUAUUCCAAGCAGCAAAUUUAUCCAUCUUAUAGCCAUCGUGUGGGGUGCCAUACAGCGCUUGUUGUUGAUAGAUCCAAACUACACCAGAUUGGCCCACCCUGCCGUUUGGUCGUACACAUCCGCCGUGCUUGAAGCUGCCUGCCAUGCCAAAGACCGCCUAGCCCAAACAUAUAUUCUUCAGACGACUUCAAUCUACUGGCAAUGCUUUGCAAAAAAACUAGCUGCCCCUGGAGAUCCCACAUCAAGUCAACACAUAUGUGAUCUGCUCGAGGGGGUGAAACAGACGUUGCAAUUGCAAUCGUCGUUUGAAGAGGAAAUGAUGGACAACUUUGCGAAAAGUAUCAGGUCGUGGUUGAAAAUGUUCACACCUUCCAAAUUAUCAUGCCUCUAUGACAUUGCUGAAUUGCUCGAGGAAAUAUGCAAGUACCCUUCGGCGCAAACACUACAUAGCCUCAUUGACAUCAUCCUGCUCGUUUUAAAUCUCUUGUUCGACAAUAAUGUACCCUUGUCUUGCUUCCAGAAUUACACUUCCGCUUUGGAAAAGGCUCGAAAACUGACGCCGUUCCACCAAGCCAUUGUCAUGAAAUACGACGCGUUGUUCAACAAAGAAGAAGACCAAUCUCUAUCGACAUCAUUACGAAAGCGAAUUCGACUACAAAGUGCUGAUGACAUGGACGUUUGCGAAGGCAGCCAGAUGCAGGCACUACAAGAAAGAAUUCAAAAGCGACAUGGAGGCACUGUGCAAAAGACAUGGUACCUAAAGACAAUGCUGACUCUUGUCACUAGCGCAGAACAAGAUGAGACCGAGGCAUCGAUCAUGAAGACGUUAGACGAUAUCAGAUACUUGGGAAUUCACCAGUCAGAAGGUCUUUUUGAUGAAAGCUUGACGCGAAUCGCCUUGUCACAUGUCCAGCAACGCUCGAAUGACAGUAGCAACACUACUGGUAGCGUGACACAGCUAUCAGACAAGAUUGCAGCAAUGUAUGACAUGUUGCUACCAUAUUACUUGCGGGCUUACAUGUGCUACGCCCUACCAUAUGCCGUGGGCGCGAGCGAUGAAACCCUGCUGGAAACACUUGCCCAGAUGGUCACGUCCGACACAAAGUCUCUAUGCGAAACUGGUGGACAUCAUUUAAUCAUCAGCUAUUUCAUGUCCAGCGACACAGCUUUCACCAACCAGGGUUUCGCUCGUCUACGAAGCAUAUUUCUCGACGAUGAAGCGCCUGAAAAAUUACUGAGAUCGCAUCAAACGAAAAUUGUGUCGUCCUUGGCAAUGCGAUUAGCGGACGAUGAUUAUGAUAGGGCAGAGGUCGCUCUUAACGAGGUGAUUGAAUGGCUCCAUAUCACAUCAGCGACAACACUGGGUGAAUUCUUGCAGAGUUAUUACCUCGCUAUUCUCUCUCACGUAUCAAAGUUCAUCACUGAAAUCCGCGAAAGAAAACCGGUGCUGACACAUCCGAACGCAUUAGCAGCCCUGGAUAAAAUAUUGAAGCUAAUGGGACACGGUGUACAAACACAUGCAUCCCAGACAAUGGCUUUAUUUCAGACCAUCGGUGAGCUACCACGGAUGCAGCACGAAGUGUACAACCUAUGGAAAAGAUUUGCCCAUGCUUUGCCGUUCACAGUACUGUCUGACUGCAUUGGACCCAUUGUUCGCGGUGUCCUGUCAAUAUUCCCGCGGUGCUCGGAUGAAAUCAAACAGGAUAUCGGCCGAUUCUUGGAGGAGAUCCUGCACGCGUGUAACUUGACCAUGGACCGUCUACUAGAGCUCCCCAGUAUCCAGCCCUUUGAAGAGCUCGAUAAGGUCCGCGAACUCAUUGAUCAAAAGCGGGACGACCUAUCGAUCGAACAAAGCAUCUUUGCCAUAUGCAAACGAGCUCGUAACGACGCUGCGUCAGACAUCUUGACAUUGGUCGAAGAACUCUUACGGAUCCUCAAGAAACACGGCGCGCUUCAUCCUGUCAUUGUACGCCAACAUUCCAUGCUCUACACGGUACUGCUGUAUCUGUCCAGGAAAACCGGUGAUAUCCAAAACAUCCGCAACCUUGCUGCUGAAUGUCUUGGCCUACUUGGCGCGACCGACCCGAGCCGACUCCAAGUCAGAGUGGUACAAGACGACAUGAUUGUACUCAAGAACUAUACGAAUCCAGAAGAGAACCGAGACUUUGUGUGCCACAUCAUUAUUAAGCACUUGGUGCCAGCGUUCCGAAAAGCCAACAACGAAGAAACCCAGCAGUUUGUCCAGUAUGCUAUGCAAACCUUGCUGCGAUUUGCAGGCUUUAAACAUAGCACUGUCGUCGGCAGCGAAAGCCUUGCCAUCCAAGAACGCUGGAAAAAGAUGCCCACGAAUGUUCAAAACAUGCUCUAUCCACUGCUCGCGUCCUCUUUCACAGGCAACAUGCAGAUCCCUAUGCCUUAUUACCCGAUCUAUCCAAGUGCUGACAGUUACGAGACGUGGAUAAAACGUUGGUAUUACCUAUUGAUCAAGUCGGCAAACGACGACAGUGUGAGAGACCUGUUUGCUGUGUUCACCUCCUUGGUGCAACGGGAAUUCUUUGGCUUGGCCUUGGACCUGAUCCCUCGCCUAGUCUUACAUGUUGCGCUGACAGGAUCAAAAGAAAAAAGCGCCGACGUUAUUGGUGAAAUACUAUGCGUGCUCAACGGCGAAAGUCACACGCCAAUGCAUACUGAAAAAAUGCAAAGAAAUGAGUUACAGGUGAUUGUAUUGAUCACAGAGCAUUGCAGAAAAUGGAUCCGUGGCGCGCAGAAAAACCAUGUCAACAUGGAUAACGGAGACAUAACUAAAGUUCGAAACUUUUUGGAGCAGAUUCCUAAUGACAAGAUGGCCACAGCAUCAUUCCGUUGCAAGGCGUAUCCGCAAGCGCUGAUGCAUCUUGAGCUCUACUUGAAAGAAACUAUGAGGGAGCACGGCGGUCAAUUCACAUCUGAUGUUUUGGACAGUUUGCGCCAAAUAUACGUUCAUAUUGAUAAUCCCGAUGGCGUGGUUGCCGUUUACUCCCUGUUUCAACGGACGCUGUGCAGGGAUGAGGAGAUCAUGUUGUAUGAGCACAUGGGUGAUUGGAAUACUGCCAGCGUGAUGUACCGAAGUGUAUUGGACUCACCGGAGCAAGAGGCGACGGAAGACAGCAGAAUGCUAUCUGGCUACUUUAACUGCUUGAGAGCAGGUGGAAAUAUCGAGAUCAUGCAAAGCGCAGCAACACGGCUUAUGCGCAUGUAUCCACAGUUUCUCUCGCGAUUGAACGCCUACCGCGCUGAAGCAUUUUGGAAAAUUGAAGAUUGGGAUACCUUGGAAGCCUCUGUUAAUCAACCGAUCGAACAAUCCUUUGAUGGUUCGCUAGCUACUGCCAUUGCACAUUUCCGUCAAGGUAACAAUCUGGCUGGACUUGUGAGUAUCGACAAAGCCCAAAAUUACCUCAUGGAUCAUAUGUUGUCAGCAAGUCACGACUCCUACCAACAGUCGUACGAUCAUAUCCUUGGCCUCCAGAUGAUCCAUAAGGUAAAACAAAGUCGGUUCAUAUGGGAAGAAGCUACGCGCAGUGAAAACUAUGCACCCAUCACUGAACUACGAAGCAAGUGGGAGCAGCAGUUCAAGUUUGUAGCGCCCUCGCAUUGCUAUCAAAUGAAGCUUCUGGAGCUUCGACAAGCAGCUUUGUUCAGUAUGAUCCCCCAAGGAAUCUCACUUUCAGCGCCUAUCGAUGACGGUAGCAUCUGGUUGACAAAAGCCAAAGUAGCAAGAAAAGCAGGCGAUUUGAACACUGCUUUAUAUGCAAUUCUCAGGGCAGAAAAAUCUGGCGCCCCUUUUGUUUACCUGGAACGUGCCAAGUGGUAUUGGGCAAACGAAGAAAAAGCAAAAGCCAUCAAAUAUCUGCAAAGUCAAGCGAAUCCAUGUGCGAAGGCCGCCCUACUUCAAGCAAAAUACUCGGAAGAGUUUGAAAAGUUUGACCGUACCACGAUGCUAAGCUUAUAUAAAAGAGCCCAGAGGUUGGACCAAAACUGGGAGAAGGCCAUGUACUAUGUGGGUCGAUAUUACGACAAGAAUAUAUCGGACAAGGAUGCCAAGCAUGUCAUGCAAAUGAGUGAGAAGGAAAUGAAGAUAGCCAGCUGUGCAGUAACAAGCUAUAUUCGAGCUCUCCACCUUGGCUCAAAAUACUUUUAUUACACAAUGCCACGAUUCCUGACGCUCUGGCUGGAGUUUGGCGAUGUUGUCGAGAGUCUAAGCCUCAUAACCGAUACCCAAACACGUAUCACUGCCUUUGAAGUGUUCAAAAGCAUCAAUACAAGUAUUCGAAACCAUUUGGAUGGGAUUCACCCUCGCCAGUUCGCUAUGGUACUUCCACAGCUGGUAUCCCGUUUAUCCCAUCCCAAUGAAGAAGUUGGCCGUGCGCAAAUGAUAUGUGAUAAAGCCGAGAACGAUCCAACAAACGGCCGGCUACUUGCUAGCAUCAUUUCGCAAGCCAGGAAGUUUACGCGUGUGUUUAAAGCACUUGCAAUGGAAGAGCCAAUCACGGAGCAAACACAUUACAGCACCAAGACGAUUCCAGGAUUAUCGGAGAUUGCGAACCUGGAGCUAUGCAUCCCAUCGCAAAAAGCCCUGCUUCCAGAAUUGCCAGAGGUGUCGACCGUUCCUUACCAAGGAAUUGAAACUGAGGAUUUGCCACGGAUCAAAGGCGUUUCUUCAAGCUAUGAAGUGAUGAGGUCGUUGACGAAACCGAAGAAAAUUGCACUUAUUGGCACAGACGGCAAGACGUAUACUUUCCUGGUCAAAAAAGCUGAUGAUCUCCGAAAAGAUGCGCGUAUGAUGGAGUUCAAUCAUAUGAUCAACACAUUCUUGAAAAAGGACGCAAACGCUCGAGAACGAAAUUUAUAUAUCCGAACAUAUGGCAUAAUUCCCCUUGGCGAGAAGUGGGGUCUAAUCGAAUGGAUUAACAACUUGAACCCUCUCAAAGCAAUCGUCGUUCAAGAAUGGGCGUUACUUGGCAAAGACAUCAGGCAAAUUGCCACCCGCGCUGGUUCUCUUUUGGAUAAUGCAAAAACACCUGAAGAGAAGGAAAAAGUUUUCACGAAUACUAUCUUGCCUCGAUGUCCCAAAGUAUUUCACAAAUGGUUCCUUGUACACUUUCCUGAACCUUCAGAAUGGUUCGCCAGUCGUUCACGAUACAUACGAACUCUGGCAGUUAUGUCCAUUGUCGGAUAUAUCCUUGGUCUCGGAGACCGACAUGCUCAGAACAUUCUCUUUGAUCAAACAAACGGCGACUGUGUUCAUGUCGACGUAAAUAUGCUUUUCGACAAGGGUGCCCAUUUGCCCGUUCCUGAGCUUGUCCCCUUCCGACUCACUCAAAACUUAAUUGAUGCAAUGGGCAUAUUGAAAGUCGACGGCAUGUUUCGGAAGACCUGCGAGGUGACGCUAGACGUGAUGAGGAAAAACAAGACCCAACUCCUAUCAGUAUUUGAGACAUUGGGUCAUGAUCCUCUCGCAGACUGGCAAAAGAAGGCUCCCGGAAGAGCUAAGGAGGUCACCCGCGAACUACUGAAAAGGAUGGACAACAAAAUUUACAACGGCCGCUCCGUCAAUAAUGAAGUCAAGAGACUCAUCGCUUCAGCCUCCUCCAACGCGAACCUGAGUCAAAUGUUUGUCGGCGAGAAGUUCAAGGCGCCUUUGUUGGAGCACUUGUCUCCUGCGACAGAACAGCGCAGAUUCGAAAAAGGAGAUACUCUGAUAUGCGAAAGCGUCGCACCUUGGUCCAGAUGUCUUCCCCAAUUGUUUUACACGGCAAGUCUAGUAGCAAAGACGGUCCAGGGGAAGUAUCCUACAUUCGGCGCUGCUGCUGUUGAUGAAGACGGUAACCAUCCUAAAAUGGUCUUGCUUGAACAUCUUGCACAAGCUCUCCAAUAUAUCGAAUCUUGGCAGGGCGUCUUUGACCGAACGGCUUUUGAGAAACGGUACAAACUUGACUGGAUUGAUGAUGAUGAUGUGGCCUGUGAUGUUGACUUUCACGACGAAAGCGACGCCAAGCCAAAAUUUUCAAAGCUAUCUAGGAGUGGUGACGCAUCGAAGGACCAGAGACGAAAAAAUGGUGGUCAGCAUAUCGUGCCCAUUGUAAAGCCCAUUGAAGGAACGAAGCAAGAAGACAGAAAAGAAGAAAAACACAAUGGUGAAACCAGAGCGGAUUUCAACGAUCCAGUCGAGUCGACAAGAAUGGAAAAGGAAAAUUCAUCUGCAACGAACAACCUCACACCCGACCAAGAUAAUCCACCGGAAGAUAUGCAGCACUGUAGCAAAAGUACAGAAUUUUGCACUGUAUUGAAGUAA